CCAGUUAUAUAGAGCCCAAUAGAGCAUUGAAUCAAAUAGUGAACGGCCCAGACAAAUGGGCUCAAUGACUCGACUGCACUCGGAGGCCCAAUAAGUAACUCAACUGACUCGGUACUCGGUAACGAUUGAAAUCAGUACGUCGCCGUUUCACUCAAAUUGAAUAAAUACAAAAAACAAUAAACAUAGUGGGAAAUAGAAAAUAAGAAUUUGACUAAAACAACGUUAAAUUCCAGCAGGCCAGCCUCCGUCUUCGUCUUCUUUCUGCCGGCACCAUUUCAUCCACACACCGCUAUACGUUACACUUACACACAGUGACAAACACACACAUAUAUAUAUAUAUAUACACACACACACACACGGACAAAAACAUGUCUGCUAUCGAAAAAAACCCGUCCGUAGCCGUCGCCGGGAAAUGGACAGAUUUCCGUCAUUGAAUCCGAUCACCACCAAUCUGAUCAUCUACUCACUCACAGCGCUUUUAAUGAUGUGCAAUAAACCCAUUUUCACAGUAAACGGUUGCACCCCGAAAGAUUCGGGCCCUGUGGUCCCCACCACCCCUCUCGUCACCUUUCUGGAACGGGUCCAAGAGACGGCGUUACGGGCUUACGGGCCGAAGGGCUUUGAUCCAAAAUUGUACGUCGACCUUUCACUGAAUCAAAACCUCUCCACCACAAUCGAAGCCUUCGAUAAAAUUAAGAGAAACGAGAAUGGCUCGGUCUCGAUUGAUGAAUUGAGUGGUUUUGUGGAGAAGUAUUUGGGUGGUGCGGAGGUGGAUUUGGUGUAUGUGCACCCGGUUGACUUUGUGGCGGAGCCCGAAUACUUUCUGCCUAAGGUGAAGAGGCCCGAAGUGAGGGAUUGGGCUUUGGAGGUGCAUAGGCUUUGGAAGAAUUUGAGUAGGAAGGUUUCGGGUCGGGUCAUGGAGCAGCCCGAUUUCCACACGUUGCUGCCUUUGAAGAACCCGGUUAUGAUACCCGGUUCGAGGUUCAGGGAGGUUUAUUAUUGGGAUUCUUAUUGGGUGAUCAGGGGGUUGUUAGCGAGUAAAAUGUACGAGACGGCAAAAGGGAUUGUGUAUAAUCUCAUUUCUCUUAUAGAUGAGUUCGGUUAUGUUCUCAACGGUGCAAGGGCGUACUACACUAAUAGGAGCCAGCCUCCUCUUUUGAGCUCAAUGGUUAUAGAUAUAUACAAUGAGACAGGUGACAAGGACUUGGUCGUAAUUUCACUUCCUGCACUGCUGAAGGAGCAUAAAUUCUGGAAUUCGGGAAAGCACAAGGUGAUAAUUCAAGAUGGUGAAGGUGUAAAUCACAGUUUAAGUCGAUAUUACGCCAUGUGGAAUCAGCCAAGGCCAGAAUCUUCGACUACUGACAUGGAAACAGCUUCGAAACUGUCGAAUAAAUGUGCGGAAACCCAACUAUAUCGUGAACUGGCAUCUGCUGCUGAAUCUGGAUGGGAUUUCAGUACCAGAUGGAUGAGAAAUGAAUCUGAUUUAACAACAUUAGCUACAACAUCAGUUAUACCUGUGGACUUGAAUGCAUUUAUUCUGAAGAUGGAACUUGACAUAACCUCCUUGGCAAAUGCAAUCGGAGAUUCUGACACAGCUGAUAAAUUUUUUGAAGCUUCCAAGGCCAGAAAAACGGCCAUAAAUACUAUUUUUUGGAAUGCAGAAACAUCACAGUGGCUCGAUUAUUGGCUGAGGGAAUCCAAUUUGUCGGAGGAUGUUUACAAAUGGGAUGCUUCAAGCCAGAAUAAGAAAUCGUUUGCCUCAAACUUCAUUCCCUUGUGGAUCAAUUCGUUUAAUUCAGAUGUGAAAAAGGUGGAUGAAGUUGUCAAAAGUCUCGAAAAUUCAGGUCUUGUUUGCCAGGCUGGGAUUGCAACUUCUUUGACUAACUCAGGACAACAAUGGGAUUUUCCUAAUGGGUGGGCCCCACUACAACACAUGAUUGUUGAAGGACUCGUAAGAUCUGGAUCAGAACAAGCAAGAUGCCUUGCAGAGGAUAUUGCUGUGAAGUGGAUCAGGACAAAUUAUGUUGCCUAUAAGAAAACGGGAGCUAUGCACGAAAAAUACGAUGUCCAAAAAUGUGGAGCCUAUGGCGGAGGCGGUGAAUAUAUACCCCAAACGGGAUUUGGUUGGUCGAAUGGAGUGGUAUUAGCAUUCUUGGAGGAAUUCGGAUGGGAGAAAGAACUAAAGCUUGACUGCGAAGUUAGUAUUAAUGUUGUUUUAUAGCUAUAUAAUAUAUAUAGCAGCUGAUUCUGUGUGGCUCAAUUUGAACCUGCAAAAUACAUAAUCACAUUGUA